AAAUGCCAAAAUUUCAGACCCGCCGCAUCGCAAAUUCUCCCCUCUCUCGUCGCAGUUUCAAAAAAGUUUGCGCUCUCACUGCGCCGAUCCGCUCCAAAUUAGCCACCCCGCCUCCCCCUACCGGCGUAUGGCCGCCGCCAAGGAGAACUACCGCGUCGAGCUCCGAGCCGCCGCUCGCCAGCUCGGCGACCGUUGCCUCUACUCCGCCGCGAAAUGGGCCGCCGAGCUGCUCGUCGGCAUCGAGCCGGACGCGACGCCAUCCCAGUCGGCGGCAAUGGACACCCCGUCCUCCUCGGGCGCCGCCCCCGGUGGGCGGCUGCUGCAUCUGCACCGCAGCGGCGGGUCCAGCUUCCGGCGCCGCAUGCGACCGGGCGGCGGCGCGGCCUCCGAGGCUGGGACGCCGCUCGGCGGCGUGUCGUACGUGAGCACGCCCAUCCCGGACGACGACGCGUUUGACGCAGGGGCCGACAAGUACCUGCUCGCGAAGACCUACUUCGACUGCCGGGAGUACCGGCGCGCCGCUCACGUGCUACGCUCCCAGGUCGGGCGCAAGGCCGUGUUCCUGCGGUGCUACGCGCUCUACAUGGCUGGAGAGAAGCGAAAAGAGGAAGAGACAAUAGAGCUUGAAGGAUCUUUGGGGAAGAGCAAUGUUGUUAAUCAGGAACUUGUUGCAUUGGAGAGAGAGCUCUCAACACAUCGCAGAACUGGUGCUAUUGAUUCCUUUGGCCUGUACUUGUAUGGCAUUGUUCUACGCGAUAAAGGCUGUGAAGGUCUGGCAAGAACAGUUCUGGUAGAAUCUGUCAAUAGCUACCCUUGGAACUGGUGUGCUUGGUUAGAGAUACACUCUUUGUGCACUAGCAGUGACAUUCUGAACAACUUAAAUCUGAAGAAUCACUGGAUGAAAGAUUUUUUCAUCGCUAGUGCACAUCUGGAAUUAAAGAUGCAUGAAGAAGCUUUGAAAAGAUAUGAGCGCUUGAUGGGGGUCUUCCGUUGCAGCGACUACAUUCAGGCUCAAAUAGCAACCGUUCAGUAUAGUAUGAGGGACCUGGAUGAAGCUGACAUGAUUUUUGAAGAACUCCUCAGAACCGACCCUUUUCGUGUGGAUUCUAUGGAUAUUUACUCAAAUUUAUUGUAUGCAAAAGAAAGCUUGACUGCUUUGAGCUUCCUUGCUCACAGGGUGUUUCUGACAGAUAAAUAUCGCCCUGAAUCUUGCUGCAUAAUUGCAAAUUACUACAGUUUGAAGGGGCAGCAUGAGAAGUCAGUUUUGUAUUUCCAAAGGGCGCUGAAGCUUAACCGCAAGUACCUCUCAGCUUGGACUCUCAUGGGACAUGAGUUUGUUGAGCUAAAAAAUACGCCUGCUGCAAUUGAUGCCUACAGAAGAGCUGUUGAUAUAAAUCCUAGAGAUUACCGUGCUUGGUAUGGUCUUGGUCAGAUUUAUGAGAUGAUGGGAAUGCCAUUUUAUGCACUAUACUAUUUCCGAAAAUCAUCCCACCUGCAACCUAACGAUGCACGCCUUUGGAUUGCUAUGGCUCAGUGCUAUGAGAGUGAUCCGCUUCAAAUGAUUGAAGAAGCCAUCAAGUGCUAUGAGAGGGCUGCAAAUACCAAUGACACUGAAGGAAUAGCACUUCACCAACUGGCAAAGUUGCACAGUAUGCUUGGGCAAGCUGAGGAGGCUGCAUUUUACUACAAGAAGGAUUUAGAGAGAAUGGAAGUUGAGGAAAGACAGGGCCAGAAUUUUGUUGAAGCCUUGCUUUUUCUUGCGAAACAUUGCAAGAGCAUGGGCAGAUUUGAGGAAGCAGAACACUAUUGCACAAGACUCUUGGAUUACACUGGUCCUGAAAAGGAGACUGCAAAAAGUAUUUUACAAGGGCUAAAACGAGCACAGUCUGGAUUUCCACCAAUGGAUAUCGAUCAUUUUGCGUUGUAAAUUGACCUGCAGAUAAGCUAUUUGCUUGGGGAACUUGGACAAAGAGUGUAAAUGCACAAGAGAGUAGUGUCACUUGCUUUCUUUGUUUAUCUCCAUCUUACAUGCAGCGAGGGACAAUACAUUUGGUUUCAAGAGAAAGCUAAAAAACAGACUAUUUAUGGACAAGAUGAGUUAUUCACCCCACUCCAGAGGCAAGGAAAUGCUAGCAAGGGCCGCCCACCUGAUGAAAUUGGUGUUUCGAACAUCUCCAGCUGAGGAUCAAGUCCCGGGUUUCCUUCACAAUGUGACGGUUAUCGUCUGCAGCCUCGCCAGGCGACUCCAAAUGGCUGGAGACGACGACCUUGUGCGCAUGAUGCUCUCCUUCAGCUGCUGGAGGUUGUCAAGUAGGAGAACUAGGCGCCUGCAUGGCGUGAAGAUGCGCGUCACCGGGAGGAUCCAGAUCCCCAAUUCAAGAAGUGUCAGCAUUGUUGGUUGAUCUCUCCUUGGCUUCUGAAAUUCUAUGGCUUUUCUUCACUGGACUGCUUUGCUUUGCUUUGUGUUGCCUCCCCCGCAGUUGCCUGCCUAUAUAAGGCAGGCAUCUCUGGAAGACUUGCUCCGUGUGGAUUCCGGGUGCAUAUAAUUAUUGUUUAUCUUCACAGUACUAGUUGCGGUGCACUAUUACUAUAUUUAUAAUAAAUUCUUCUGCACGAAGCAUGUUA